AUGGGGCUGCUGCUCUGGCUGGCCGUGCAGCUGGGCGCGGGCUGCGCGGCGUACGUGGCGUACGUGGACGUCCGGCGAGCCCAGCGGCCCCUGGAGCACUUUUGGAGGAGCACUGGCUUCUGCCCUCCUUUACCUCACAGCCGUGCUGACCUAUUUGACCUGAGCAAAGACCAAGAGAUGAACCUUGCCUACAUUUCUUCUGUUCCACAUGGCGGCAUUGAACAAGUUCGAAUUCACUGGUUACUGGAAUUAGUUGCUCUCAGAGUGGUGAAUGGGAAACUUCACUACAAUUUUACUGCCUUGGAUAACCUUAUGGAUCGCCUGUGGGAAAAUAAGCUAAUUCCAGGAUUUGAAUUGAUGGGAAAUCCAUCAGGAUAUUUUUUAGAUUUUGAAGAUAAAGAACAGGUAGUAAGAUGGAGAAACUUAAUUACACUUCUGGCCAGCAGAUACAUAGAUAGGUACGGAUUGGAGCAUGUUGCUAAAUGGAAUUUUGAAACAUGGAAUGAACCAGACCACCAUGACUUUGACAAUGUGUCUAUGACAGUGAACGGGUUUCUCAACUAUUAUGAUGCUUGCUCAGAAGGAUUAAGAGCAGCCAGUCCUCUACUAAAAUUUGGAGGGCCUGGGGAUUCCUUCCACGCCUUACCCAAGUCACCCAUGUGCUGGAGUCUUCUGUGUCAUUGCUACAAUGGAACCAACUUCUUCACAGGGGAGACUGGUGUAAGGCUGGACUACAUCGCUCUCCAUAAGAAGGGAGGUGGGAGUUCUCUCUACAUCUUGCAACAGGAAGUAGAAGCAGUUGAACAAAUUCAGAAGCUGUUUCCAAAUUUUGCUUCUGUUGCCAUAUACAACGAUGAAGCAGAUCCAAUGGUUGGAUGGUCCAUUCCACAACUGUGGCGAGCUGAUGUGACCUAUGCAGCUAUGGUUUUAAAGGUAAUCAUCCAGCAUCAAAACCUGCUCAUUGCCAAGGCCAACAACACCAUCAACUACACACUGCUAAGUAAUGACAAUGCCUUCUUGAGCUACUACCCCCAUUACUUCACACAGCGGACUCUGACAGCACGUUUUCAGAUGAACAAUACAAAGCCACCUCAUGUCCAGAUGGUGCGGAAACCAGUGCUGACUGUCAUGGGCUUGCUGGCACUGCUAGGAGAAAAGCAGAUUUUUGCAGAAGUGAACAGCAGUGAAGGUGAAAGCACUCAAAACAGCACAAUUGGUGUCCUGGCAUCUGUGCACACCCCAAGUAAGAUGCAACCCUCAGACAGCUGGCAAGCUACUCUACUGAUGUAUUCAAGUGAGGAUAACAGGACUUCAUCCAACAUCAGCACCGUCACAGUGAACGCCACCCACUUCCCCAAACUUAGAGAGCUGGUGUAUGUGACAUAUUACCUGGAUAACAACCAAACCAAUCCCUACCUGAAGUGGAAAAAGCUAGGAAGCCCUGACUUUCCUUCCCCAGAACAGUUCCAGCAAAUAAGGGAUGCUGAGGACCCGGUGGCAACAGGCCCAUUCCCGUUUCCUGAAGGUGGCAUCCUGACACUGAAGCAAGACUUUCCUGUGCCCUCAGUCUUUCUGAUCCACAUCUGUGCAAGACCCAGAUCUGUUCCUGAUCAAGUGACCAGUGUUCGUUUGAUCCCUCUCACAAAGGGGCAGGUCAUUGUGUUGUGGGACGAUGGCUGUGUAAAUUCAAAAUGUAUAAAGACAUUUGAAGUGGAGUUCUCACCAGAUGGAAAAGCAUACCAGCGGAUUAAUGUCAAAGACACAAUAUUCACUCUCUGGGUCUACAGUCCAGGAAGCUCAGUCUCUGGCUUUUACAGAGUGCGUGCCAUUGACUACUGGGGGAAGGCAGGCCUGUCCUCUCUUCCUGUGGAGUAUGUUGAAGCUUUCAAGUGACUCUGAAGAGUGGUGCCUGGCUUGGUAACAGAGUGGUGUAUCCUCCCUGCAAAUGACAACUCCCCAGAAAAAUAAACUCCUCCCAAGCUGAGGAGGGAGUACUGAAAGGAGCUGAUGAAGCAAGUUAAGAAUGCAAGUUAGAAGCAACUGCCCCUAUUAACUCUUCAGAGCUCAAAAGACAGCGUUAUCAAACAGCCACAACUGACAACUCAAGUAGUACAAUUCUAAGAGGCUGCUGUAGGACUGGGAUUCAGCUUGGUAACUAGGAAUUAUGGGCAUAAGUGUUUAUUAUUCCCUAUUUUACACUGAGCUAAUGGCCAGGACAAUCAAAGAUUUAUAGAGGUCACAAACGGCAGCAAGAACUCGCUUCACUGUAUGAGUGAGGAUGGCAGCAAAGGCAGAAGGAGGACCUAUCUGAGAGUGAACUGCCGGCCUCAGCUGCCAGGCUGUCUUGACAUA